AUGGAUUUUCUCAAGGAAUCACUUGCACCAAGAACCUUCAACAAAAUUAGCUAUGCCGUAGUUUUAAUUUGGUUCGUGAUCAGUGUAAUUUUCUUUGGCAUUUUUGCCGAAGUGGAAAAUACCGAAUCCAGGUACGAUUUCCGUUGCGGUGGCACCAAGAGUGAAAACAUCGACCUUAUCCGUGGGGAAUGUUUCGAAAAAUACCAGAAGCAAUACAACAAGUACGGUGUUCCUGUCUAUGGCUUCGUGAUCAUCAAUUUCCUCCUUAUUGGAAUUGUAUGUGUUAUCUACUCCCAAAUAGUGAAAAACGCAGUCGAUCAUUUGUCGUCGAGCAGUCGUAACAGUGAUCCAGAGAGCGGACAGUCGCGCGACCAAGAAAACCCAACAGGACAAACAACAAAUUGCAGACACAAGCUUUUCAUAGCUUACUGUUGUCAACUAUCUACGAGACUUGUUCUAGGAGUUCUCUUCAUAUUGCUGCAAACUCAGUUGCUUUAUCCUUUAAAGUUUUCCUCCACGUUUGAAUGUUGCUUGAACUCUGGGACCAACCAGCCGAGGAAUUCAUCGAACGCCGCCCCAAACAGUACUUUACACAAAUGUCACAAUCAACGAGCGAUAAAGAAAACCUUUUGGAUGAACGCUGUCCUUGCAGUGAAUGGAAUUUUUGACGCUGGCAUUCUGAUUGAAAUCGUCUACAUUUUGACACAGGCAUGGAUAAAAAGGAAUUUUAUGCAAGACUCAGACUUUCUAAAAACCUAUCUAAAUGCUAAUCAUGACAAGUCGCAUCAAGAACCUAAGGAACAAGAAGGAAGAAGACAACAUGAAAUUGUUCCACUACAGCUAAGAGAGCCGGGAAACCGUCCGACCCGGGUCGAGUUGCACCAAGAAUCUCAAAAGCAGGAUGAUGUUCCACUUCAGCCACGAGAACAUGAACGUCCUCCGACCCAAUUCGAGUUACACCAAAAACCUCGAAAACAAGAUGCAGUUGUCCCACUACAGCCACGAGACCAAGUCGCGUCGCAUAAUGUUCUUAAACAGCCAGAGGGAACGAGCGGACAUGAUAAGCCUGAACAGCUUCAACCAUUCAUCGCACGAACGAAGAAAAUCAUCAAAGAAGACACCCAAUGCCUCUACGAACUCCAAUCACCGUUUCGACGUCCUCCAGGCGCAGAAACAGAAGCCACAGAUUUGACUUUGGAUCAGAUUUACACAAACCUUGUGAUCAUUCCCAACAGGGCUACGUACAACUUUACUACAGACAGACAAGAACAACUCAAAGUUUAUCCAAGGUCGCGCGACGAAGAAUCACAUCCGAAAAGCCUGGAAGACCUCCUAAAUGAUAAAAAUAAGAAAGUAUUGAUUGUCGGUCGCCCCGGAAUCGGCAAAACAUUAUGUUGCAUCAAACUUCUCAGAGACUGGGCAUUUGAGAAAGUCAAAUCCCAAAUCCAAUUUGAUGCUGCUUUCUUCGUAAAGUUCAGAAGAUUCAACUCGGCAGACGACCUUAGCCUUAGGGAACUACUCACUCGGUCAGAACAUUCCACCUCAGAUCACCUGGAUGAUGAGGUCUGGAAUUACAUCCUGCAGCACCCUGAAGGUGUCCUCAUACUUUUUGACGGAUUUGACGAAUUCAAAGAUAACGCAAACAUGGCCGUGGCGCCUUCUCAUCCCGGAAACAUUAAAGACAAGAUGCCGCUCCAAAUCCUUUAUCAGUGGCUUGUGACCGGGAAACUUCUUGAAGAUGCUUCAAUUGUAACGACUACUAGACCUACGGCUUUGACCGGUAUCGCACAUCUUAAUUUCAACAAAACCUUUGAAAUCUUAGGGUUUUCAACCGAGCAAAUUCAAGAGUAUAUCAACAAAUUCGCCGGAGUUGACAAUCAAGUAGGCGAAACACUAUGGCGACACAUCAGCAGCAACAUGAACUUACUUUCGCUCUGUUAUGUCCCUGUGAACAGCUUCAUCAUAUGCUCAAGUCUGUCACAAAUAUUGCAGUUCGAAAGUUCCGCUAGUGUUACCCUCCCUUCCAAAUUAACCACGAUAUACAAGAUUGCAGUGAAAGUAUUUUAUUUCAAACACACGAAAGAAUUCCGCGAUAAACAUUUUACCCGCGAAGACUUUCUAUCAGAUGAUUUGCCCUCGGCUGUGGAGGGGGAAUUCGAGAAACUAGGAAGAGUGGCGUUUGAAGGAAUCAAAGAAGGAAAACUGAUCCUUAGAGGAAACGAAGUACGCGAAAUGAAAGACAGCGCCCUUUUUCACCGCUUACCCGACCGUGAACAUGCCGCUUUAGAAGAUGAGAAACAAUUCUGUUUCAUUCACCUUACAAUGCAAGAGUUUUUCGCAGCGCGGCACCUGACAAACAACAUGAAAGAAAGAGAAUUAGGGAACUUUGUUUCAGAAAACAUCAAGAACGGCAAAUGGCAGCUGGUUUUUCAGUUUCUGGCGGGACUAAUGGAGGAGAAAAACCACCUACCAAGCGAAAUCAUCACUGACCUUCUUCCUGUGCAAACUGAAGAGAAAAAAAACGAAGCCGAAGAAAGCGAAGACAAAAUGGUGACCUGCUGGCCGACUAAAGACGAAAAGGAUUUAGCAGUGACAUUGCUUAAAUGUAGUUACGAAAGUAAUAAGAUGGAGUCGAUAGUUCAGAGAAAACUACAACAAAUUAACUUUAACUGUGUAAAUUUUAUUGAUUGUCACCUCACAGCUGUUGGUUGCCCUUCCUUAGUAAAUGUAAUUAAGAAUGUUCAACAAAUUUCACAUUUAGAUUUGAGUUUCAAUAACAUCGGUCCAUUAGGUUGUUUUGAGAUUUGUAAAUUGUUAAAAUAUAGGAAAUUUCAACUGAGCUCGUUAAACCUCACAAGAAAUCAACUGACAGAUGAAGCAGCAAAGUAUUUAGCUGAAGCCAUCAACAGCAACAACAGUCAGCUACGCACGUUAAACCUCUCAGAAAAUAAUAUCUCACGCAUCGGAGCACGGCACUUGGCUGAAGCUAUCAACAGCAACUGUCAGCUACGCACGUUAAACCUCUCACACAAUAACAUCUCACACAUUGGAACACGGCACUUGGCUGAAGCUAUCAACAACAACAACUGUCAGCUACGCACAUUAUACCUCAUCGCAAGUAACAUCUCAGACUUUGGAGCACGGUACUUGGCUGACGCCAUUAACAACAACAGUCAGCUACGCACGUUAAACCUCUCAGAAAAUAACAUCUCUGAGAUUGGAGUACAGCACUUGGCUAAAGCCAUCAAUAACAAAAACUGUCAGCUACGCACGUUAAGUCUCUGGAAAAAUAACAUCUCAGACAUUGGAGCACGGUACUUGGCUGACGCCAUCAACAACAACAACUGUCAGCUACGCACGUUAAACCUCUGGGAAAAUAACAUCUCAGACAUUGGAGCACAGCACUUGGCUGAAGCCAUCAACAACAACAACUGUCAGCUACACACGUUAGACCUCACAUACAAUAACAUCUCAGACAUUGGAGCACAGCACUUGGCUGACGCCAUCAACAACAACAACUGUCAGCUACGCACGUUAGAACUCUCAGCAAAUAACAUCUCACACAUUGGAGCACAACACUUGGCUAAAGCCAUCAACAACAACAACUGUCAGCUACGCACGUUAAACCUCUGGGAAAAUAACAUCUCAGACAUUGGAGCACAGCACUUGGCUGACGCCAUCAACAACAACAACUGUCAGCUACGCACGUUAGACCUCUCAGCAAAUAACAUCUCAGACAUUGGAGCACAGCACUUGGCUGAAGCCAUCAACAACAACAACUGUCAGCUACGCACGUUAAACCUCUCAGGAAAUAACAUCUCAGACAUUGGAGCACAGCACUUGGCUGACGCCAUCAACAACAACAACUGUCAGCUACACACGUUAAACCUCUCAGAAAAUAACAUCUCAGACAUUGGAGCACAGCACUUGGCUGAAGCCAUCAACAACAACAACUGUCAUCUACACACGUUAUACCUCUCAGACAAUAACAUCUCGGACAUUGGAGCACAGCACUUGGCUGAAGCCAUCAACAACAACAACUGUCAGCUACACACGUUAUACCUCACAAAAAAUCAACACAUAACAAAUGCAGGUAAGCAAAAGGCACGUAAAUUACUUGGCGAUAGUCGGUGUAAGCUUAUUCUUUAG